AUGGGCGGGCGCCGCGUCUGCCUUUUCGGGGUCGCCUUGCUGGCCACGGCCAUCGGCUUUGCCAGCUGGCAAGUGAACGGCGUCCUGGGGAGGUCCGUGCUGCUCUCCCCGGCUCUGCCCCCCAACAAGACGGUGAAGGAGAUCGAGUGGAGCUUUUCAGCCGGCGCCGGUGCCACCAUUCAAGUGGCAGAGUUCGGCCCCGGCGGCUUCGAGCGCCCAGACCCCAAGGACCGGUUCAAGGACCGGCUGGAGAUGCUCAACGAGACGGCGCUGAAGAUCGAGGCCCUGGAGCGGGGCGACAGCGGGGUCUACGGGGCUCGGAUUAAACUGCACCCGGCGCUGGUGGAGGAUCGGUUCUUCAACCUCUCCGUCUCCGAGCCGCUGCCGGACCCCAAAAUCCAGAGCUGGCUGCUUUGGAAGAGCCCCGCCUGGUGCCACCUCACGCUGCAGUGCCACGUACCCAGCGGGACCGGAGGGGACGGCAUCGGGCCCGGCUGCUGGACCACGGUGGCUGCAAUGGCUCCUGGCAGCCUUCACCACCACGCUGGAGGUUCCCGAAGUCCCUCUGCGGCACCGUCCCCGAUGAAGAGGGACCCGGUGACGGCUCAGACCUCCGUGCUUGCCUUCACCGACGCUCUCAGCUUUGCGUUGGUGCUGCCCGGCUGCCCCUUUGGGCCGGCUCCCCGUGCCACGGGGACAUCCCUCGCCGUCGUGUGCCAAGAACCGCAGCCCAUUCCCACAGCCGGCCAGUCCCAGCCGCAGGGAGCAGCUCUGGCAGCAGCACGUGCCGACGGGAAUGACGACCUUGAGACCGAUCCUGUGUCCUUCCCCUGGCUCGCAGGGACACCCUGCCAUCCCUGCAGAGGACCGAGCCGGCGGCAUUUCCCGGCGCGAUGGUGGGGAAGUGACGGACCCAGCGGCUCUGCUUGGUGUUUCCCAACGUCCUGAGCCAGCGCCCGAUGCCUUCAGCCCAGCCGGCCAGACAAGCCUCGGCGAGAUGCUGCCCGUCUCCCCAUCACGCAGGGAGCCGGGGGGGAUGUCCGGCGCAGCGAUGCUUCACCUCGCAGGGGAUAUCCCAGCCUGCGAAACCCCUCGGCGCCGGCUCGCAGGCAGGAGGAUUUGGCAGGAGGAAGCCCCUGCCUCGCACAAGAGCCGGUGUCAUUCCCGGCGAGCGCCUGCCGUGAAGCCCCAUCUCCGGAUAGACGGCCUUCGUGUCAUCCAGCCGCGUUGUUCUCCUUUUUCCUCGGCUC